GGUUAUGAAACCAUACAUCAUGCUCUUCCUGUAGACACCCCAGAAGAACCAUGUCAUCCUGGUCUUAAAACACCUGCCACAAAGGGCACAGUGCUUUUCCAUUUAUAAAGCACAUACCUCAUCCUGCUCUGAAAACCAACGCAAUGGCUCUACUCCCACUGGUGUUGUUUCUGGCUGCAGUCCUGCUGCCAUCUUUCCCCACCGAAGGAAAGGAUCCAUCCUUUACUGCUUUGUUAACCACUCAAACGGAAGUCCAAAGAGAGAUUGUAAAUAAACACAACGAACUAAGGAGGUCCGUGUCUCCACCUGCCAGGAACAUGCUAAAGAUGGAAUGGAGCAGAGACGCCACAGCAAAUGCCCAGAAGUGGGCAAACAAGUGCACUUUAGAACACAGCAAUCCAGACGACCGAAAGACCAGUACAAAAUGUGGCGAGAAUCUCUACAUGUCAAGUGACCCUGUUGCCUGGUCAGAUGCGAUCCAAAGCUGGUAUGAAGAACGCCACAAUUUUGUCUACGGCGCAGGACAGAAGAGUCCCAGCGCGGUCGUUGGACAUUAUACCCAGCUUGUCUGGUACUCAUCUUACCUCGUUGGAUGUGGAAUUGCUUAUUGCCCCAAUCAAGAGAGUCUUAAAUAUUACUAUGUUUGCCAAUAUUGUCCCGCUGGCAAUAAUGUGAAUAAAAAGAAUACCCCUUACCAACAAGGAACGCCUUGUGCCAGCUGCCCUGGUAACUGCGACAAUGGUCUAUGCACCAAUACCUGCGAGUAUGAAGAUCUCCUUAGUAACUGUGAUUCCCUGAAGAAAACAGCUGGCUGUGAGCAUGAACUGCUCAAAGAGAAAUGCAAGGCAACCUGCCGGUGUGAAGGCAAAAUCUACUGAAAUGUCCAAGUUGCACUGUGCAGGACCAAAUGGGAAGCUGCAGCGUUUAGUGGACACACACCAGGAGCGGGAC